AUUACUUUUCUUAACAAUAUCAUCAGAAUUAGUUCUGGGAAAUAUUUUUUUAAACCAUGUUAACCACAUGGAAUAUUAUCGAAACAAAACACGGCCAACCAAGGCGUUUAAUAGUUUUUCCACGAGUUAUUUUAACCAGAAUCUCUUACCAAAACCUGUGAGGGAAAAAGUGCAGUGUGGUACCAGAACUGUGGACUUCACUCUAAGGAGAGGAAAAAUUGUGGGGGGAUCCGAAGCCCCCUAUGGCGCAUUUCCAUGGCAGGUGGAGAUUCAGAUGUUAGAUCCGAAUAAGUUGGCGUUUGAGCACCACUGUGGGGGCGCUGUUAUCGCAGAGCGUUUGGUGUUAUCAGCCGCCCAUUGUUUUGACAAGCAACCGCUAGAACUGGAGCAUUUGCGCCUGGUGGUUGGCGAACACCGACUCAAGAUUCAGGACAGGCACGAGAACAGAUUCCUGGCGGAGAAGGUGGUUCCACAUCCCGACUUUAGAAAGAACGGUCCUCACUCGAACGACAUAGCCCUGGUCCUAGUGGCUCGUUCAGGGUCUGGAGUGCAGUUCAACUCACAUGUUAGACCCAUUUGUCUCCCCGAUACAUUGGAUACGGCUGGCCGAUGGUGUGCUGUCAGUGGAUGGGGGUACCAGGAAGAGGGAACAGAGCAAAAAUUUGCUCCUAUAUUAAGAGCUGCUGCUGUGCCAAUCCUCGAUUUGGCCACUUGCAGAAAGGAACAGGUUCUAGGUGGACGGCAGCAGACCAUAUUGGACUCUAUGCUAUGUGCUGGGGUCCUAUCAGGUGGAGUAGACGCUUGUCGUGGGGAUUCCGGGGGCCCACUCGCCUGUAUGUCUGGGGACAGAUGGCAGAUUCACGGGGUCGUGUCAUGGGGUUCUGGUUGUGCUCGUAGAGCCCGACCUGGGGUCUAUACGCGAGUUGUGUCAUAUGUCAGCUGGAUUAGACGUACAGCUAUGAGCUUAGGACAUAAGUUAUAACUAAGAAUCGUAGUAUAAGAUUUUUUUAAGAAAAAUGAGGGUAUUCCAAAAUCUCGUGAAAGUACCUUCAUUUUAAUAUAAUAGAAAUGUUAUCUGUAUUCCGUUCAAAUCUUUACGUUUUAUAUAUGGUCAUAGCGAACGCGAACCAAAUAAUUAGGCAAAAGGACUAAACGCCAACCUGCUGGUGUGACCAAGUCACGAUUCUCUCUGGUCUGGAGAGAUAUCACUCACAGCGCAGGAGUCACACAGAUCGAGAAUAUAGCCCCCGGUACAUAACCUAAAUACGACUUGACAUUUCAACUUGGAUACCUUUUAAUAGAGUCAAAAACAGGAAACAAAUUCCUUUUUUGCUUAAAGCAGGAUAGAGAAGUCUAAUUUAAUUUUUAAAAAAAUAUUAGAGAAAUUGUAAUAGUUGGUCGUAUAUGAAAUAUUCACGUAGACAUAAUUGCUAUUGCUUUUGUAUCAGGCGUCAACCACGUGUGUUAUGUUGAUAACACACAGUUAUAGGGAUAUCAGCAUUUUUAAGACCCGAAAAUUGUCUAUAAUAAUAUAAAUGUAUGAGAUACAGUGUGCGAAUCGUAUCCCUAGGGUCGUAGCUUCCAUCCACGGCUGUGCAUCAAUGGACUUUCGGUCUAUGUGCUCAUUAAACAUUCAAUUCGGUGAUUGAAAACAUUGUGAGGAAACCGGCUUGCCUUAGACCUAAAAGUCUACAGCGUG